ACUGUCCAUGAUUGCUGUCAAAAAACUAUCUUGAUUUCCGGUCUUUUCACACCUCCGUGGCAUGGCGGAUGGUCUUUAUCACCGCUAUUAGUGUAUAUUUCGGAGGUAUAGCUUCGCUAAAGUAGCGAAAUGAGUCUAUCGGUAGCCCGACCUUUAGUGUCGGUGUAUUCAGAGAAGAGUGAGACGGUGCAGGGUGCAGCCAAGCCCCUCCCGUUCGUGUUCAAGGCGCCCAUCCGUCCGGACCUGGUCAAUGAUGUUCACGUUUCUAUGUCCAAGAACUCGAGGCAGCCCUACUGCGUGAGCAAGGAGGCUGGUCACCAAACCAGUGCCGAAUCAUGGGGUACCGGACGGGCUGUCGCCCGAAUUCCUCGUGUCCGUGGUGGUGGUACCCAUAGGUCCGGUCAGGGUGCCUUCGGUAACAUGUGUCGUGGUGGACGUAUGUUCGCCCCCACGAAGCCCUGGCGGCGCUGGCACCGUCGCGUCAACCUCCGACAGCGGAGAGCGGCCUUGGCAGCAGCCGUUGCUGCUACCGGCGUCCCAGCGCUCGUUCAGGCUAGAGGACACAUUAUUGAAAAGAUUCCCGAGCUUCCCUUGGUUGUAGCCGACAAAGUCCAGGAGAUCAACAAGACCAAACAGGCUGUCAUCUUCCUGAGGCGCCUCAAGGCAUGGUCUGAUAUCCUUAAGGUGUACAAGUCUCAGCGUCUUCGUGCUGGUAAGGGUAAAAUGCGCAACCGUCGUCGUAUCCAGCGUAAGGGGCCCCUCAUAAUCUUCAACAAGGAUCAGGGUCUGACACGCGCCUUCCGCAACAUCCCCGGUGUGGAGCUCCUGAAUGUUAACAAGCUGAACCUACUGAAGCUGGCUCCGGGAGGUCAUCUUGGACGUUUCGUCAUCUGGACUCAGUCCGCAUUCGGCAGGCUUGACCCCUUAUUCGGGUCAUGGAAGACACCAUCAAAACAAAAGAAGAACUUCAACCUGCCCCAACCGAAGAUGGCCAACACUGACCUCACACGUCUUCUCAAGUCUGAUGAGAUCAGGAAGGUCCUCCGUGCUCCCAACAAACGCGUGAUCCGUGCUACACGCAAAUUGAACCCGCUCACCAAUAACAAGGCCAUGCUGAAACUCAAUCCUUACGCGGCCGUGCUGAAGAGGAAAGCUAUCUUAGAGCUGCGCAGAAGGAAGAACUUGAAGGCCCUGGCUGAUGCAGAGAAGAGUGGAUUGAAGCUGUCUAAGCGAAACCCCGCUAUGAAGGCUGAGAAACUACGCGAGAGGAGACGCAAGAACAUCAAGGAGGCUCUCGCCAAGAAACCCAAGAAGCCGGUUGCUAAGAAGACCCCGCCUCCUCCCAAGAAGAAGGCAGAUAAGAAGCCGAAAGCUGAAAAGGCCGUGAAACCCAAGGCCGAUAAGCCUAAAGCUGAUGAUAAGCCUAAGGCGUAAAUAAAUAAAUAGAUUUUUUAAGGGGA